CAUCCCGCCGGACCAAAGCAAGACCAUCAUCAUCUUUCAGUUCCCCCGCCGUCACUCGAGUCCUUGUGGCCGCGCUCCCCCUCUCGUCUUGCGCGGUCGAGCCACCGUAGGCCGCGUCGGAGUCAGCCUCGCCCAAAACGAGGUCUUCACGCGGCCAAGCGCGCGCGGCAAACAGCCACCCAGCACGCAUAGCCCCCAGUGAAUCCGUCGCCAGCCAUCUCACCAUCAAGCCGCGACCAUCCGCCGUCCAGCCUCGCGCCGCCCGGAUCGACCGCCCAAUCCAUCGGCGCACGCACGGCGGCGCCAUGGACGCCACGCUGCUGCUCUCCGCCGUCGACGCCACCUUCGCCGCCCGGCGCCGCCCUUGUACGCCCGCGCGCCGCCCGGGGCGGGUUGUGCCAGGCCUGCGUCAGGCGUCCCGCAGGUCCGUCCGCGCCCGCGCAGCCGCAGCGGCCGCUCCAGCCGCCGUGCAAAGCAAUGCAGUCUACACGGUUGGUGACUUCAUGACGAGGAAGGAAAAUCUCCAUGUCGUCAAGCCUACAACAUCAGUUGAUGAAGCCCUUGAGCUGUUGGUGCAGCAUAGGAUUUCUGGCUUCCCUGUGGUUGACGACAACUGGAAGCUGGUUGGGGUCGUCUCAGAUUAUGAUCUAUUAGCACUGGACUCAAUGUUAGGAAAUGGACUGGCAGAUACAAAUACAAACAUGUUCCCUGAUGUGGAUAGUACUUGGAAGACAUUCCGUGAGAUCCAGAGACUACUAAGCAAAACUAAUGGCAAAGUAAUUGGUGAUGUUAUGACUUCUUCACCUCUUGUGGUGCGUGAAAAUACUAAUCUUGACGCUGCUACAAGGUUGCUACUUGAAACCAAGUACCGGAGAUUACCUGUAGUUGAUCCCACAGGGAGACUUGUUGGGAUGAUAACAAGGGGAAACAUCGUUGGAGCUGCUCUCGAAAUAAAGAAGAAAUCUGAAGAAGGUGCUUGAAUCGCAGUGCCAUAGGCAUUCAAUUCAUUGAGAGUGAUUGGUGAAAAGUUCAUUACGAUUGUAUACGCUGAGAGUUCUACCUGGACACCAAUAGAUGGAUAUGGUGCUGGAUACGGAUUAAUAAGUUGCAAAGGGCUUUGAUAUAAUUUCAUAUAGGGCCUAUUGUAGUUCAUUUGAGGUAAUCAUACUUGGUUCCCUCUCAAUAUCAGGUAGUGCUAGUAUAGCGGUGUAUAGGUUGAUGUUUCACUGUUUCUUUGAACCUUGUAUUCCUGAACAUUUCUUAUUGAUUAUAUAGUGAAAUCUAGAGCUUGUGAUAUGAUGAGAACA